GGAGACAGAUGGAUCAGAAAAAACUAUGCAAGAGAUGCAAACAAACUUACACCUGUUCCUCUAAUUCUUCCUCUUCUUGCCGCUUCCAUCCUUCCUUCUUCGUUUGUCGCCGUCACGAUGACCAGAAACGGUACUAUGAACUGGGACCUGAUGAUCCACCAUACGCUGCCAAAUUUUAUGACUGUUGCGGGGCCGAGCAACCUGAAGCGCCUGGCUGCACCACCAGUUUUCAUGUUUCAUAUGAUGAUUGAUGAACAAUUUCCACAUGGAUAUAGGGUGAAUUAUCACUUCUCAUGGGUUUAUUUUUAGAGGUAAAUCUCCAAAUUUUACGAUAUGGUUGAUGAUUCUUUGAUGCCGAAGUUGUUUUUCGCAUGUAGUAGUAGCGUAAGUAUCCAUUUACCCCCGAACUUGCACGCGAUUGAAAAUUAACACCAAAAUUAAUUUUUAUCGAUUAAUCCCUCGGACCAAAUGUUUCAACUUUGAAAACAGGUUUAGGGGUUAAUUACCAAGGAAUUAGUGUUAAUUGAUCAUUGCGUAUAACUUUAGG